CAGAGUGGGACCUGGAGCUGAUGUUCUAUUCCUUUGUCAUUACAUUUCAGAUGGAGACCAAACUUUGCACCAGUCUAAUUACCCACGGCUAUGGCAUGCUGAAACGAGCUUUUGUGGAUAUCUACCUCAUGUACAACUGAAUGAUUGCAGUGGCAGGCCACUAUUGGUACAACCGCCUAUGCUGGACAAGCAGAGUACGGAGUCAUUGGGAGGUGAAGACACUUUCCAGCCUCUUCACUUCACUGCUUGAUUUGCAGACAGACUGGACUGAUUACUAUGAAUACGGUGAGGAGGACGUCCCGCCUGAAGAGAACACUGCCACCACAGUCAGGGAGUAUCCCAACUGGUUCUACGAAUACUUUGACUACAACGAUCCAUGCUCAUCCAAGCCUUGCAAGAACAACGGUGAGUGCAAAAGAAACAGAAAUAGCUACACCUGUCUCUGUCCGAUGCCGUAUGCUGGGACGAGGUGUGAGAAAGUGAAAAACACAUGCCAAAAAAACAGCUGUAGUAAAGGAGACUGCCUUAUAAUGCUAACUCCACCUUAUUCACAGUGCACUUGUAGACAUCCCUACAAGCCACCACACUGCUACAAAGUCUCUUCAGUUUGCAAACCAAACCCCUGUAAAAACGAAGGCGUCUGUCUGCAGCAAAGAAUCAGAUCAAAAUUCUCCUGCCAGUGCGCUGAACCCUUUCAAGGGAGAUUCUGUGAAAUAGGACCUGAAGACUGUUAUGAACAGGAUGGCCACGAGUACAGAGGGAAAGUGAGUCAAACAAGUUCUGGGAAGACGUGCCUUCAUUGGAAUUCUCACCAUCUCUUGGAUGAGAGUUAUAAUGCAUUUAUGGAGAAUGCUGGGUACUAUGGCAUUGGUGAACAUAAUUUCUGCAGGAAUCCAGACGGGGAUGUGAAACCCUGGUGCUUCAUCCUCAAAAAUAACAAGCUGGAAUGGGAGUCCUGUGAUGUUUCACCCUGUUCAGCAACAGAAAAGCCUCCAGAAACUACAGUCAGCCCAGCUGUUCUUCCUAUAGCGGGUAAGACAUUCAAUACGUGUGGACAGCCAGAGGCUGAGAGACCGCUCGCAAGGAUUUAUGGUGGGGCUAAGACCACAUCUGGCAAGCAUCCCUGGAUGGCAUCUCUGCAAAGCAAGGUUCCAUUGAGAACCUCCAUGCCAAAGGGACAUUUCUGUGGAGGAGCUCUCAUUGAACCCUGCUGGGUCCUCACUGCUGGACAUUGCAUUCAAUCACAAGCAGACAACCUGCAAGUGUCCCUUGGAAAGCAAGACCUGGAGAGGACAGAAUACCAUGAACAAAAAUUUGAUGUGGAGAAGAUAAUUCGGCAUGGAAACUACAAAACAAAGAAUGACAUUCCAUUCAAUGAUAUCGCUUUGGUUAAACUGAAGCCAAUUGAUGGCCAUUGUGCUCUGGAAACGAGGUAUGUAAAAGCAGUGUGUUUGCCCCAGGCUCCAUUUCCUGAUGGGACUGAAUGCUACAUCUCAGGAUGGGGAGUUACUGAAACAGGAGAAGGAUCUCGUCAGCUGUUAGAUGCCAGAGUGAAACUGAUCUCCAAGACACGGUGCAACGCACGGAGUGCAUAUGAUAGCAGACUGGAUGAAACCAUGUUUUGUGCAGGAAAUCUUCAGACUCCAGGAGUUGAUAGUUGUCAGGGAGAUUCUGGAGGUCCUCUGACCUGUGUACAAAAUGGUUCCUACCACGUCUAUGGAAUAGUGAGCUGGGGUGAACAGUGUGGGCUAAAGGAUAAACCAGGAGUUUAUACCCAAGUGACAAGAUUUCUCAUCAGUCUUUGUGCUUAA